AAGGGUUGGCUCAGCUGUCCUGAUAGCGCCGUUGCUAGGAGCGGACUCCGCCUGGCUCCACAAAUACACAGGAGAUCCGAGGAGGCGGUCUCUCCCUCCCUCACCCCACCCCGAUCUCCCGUGGGCUUCCCCAGGUAGAGGAGGAGGAGGAGCGACGGAAGGCGAGGGGAUCGAGAGUGCAGCAGGGAUCCGGGCUCUCUCAGACAUUCAUCGACUGGACGGUGCGCCGCGCCGCGCCGACGAGCCAGACUCCGCGAGCAAGGCAAGCGCAGCGACUCUAGUCUCUUAUCGCAGGGCGAGGUGGGAAUUACCCCGGACUUUGCUGCUCUGGCUAUGACGGACGCGUUGUUGCCCUCGGGCUGCCGGGCGGCGGACCAGAGGGGAGACUGCUACUUUCGAAAGGGGUGCAACCCUCUUGCGGAGACUGGACGGAGCAAACUGCAGAACCAAAGAGCAGUUCUCAACCAGCAGAUACUGAAGGCGGUGAGGAUGAGAGCUGGCGCUGAAAACCUCCUCCGGGCGACAACCAGCAACAAGGUGCGCGAGCAGGUGCUGCUGGAACUCAGCUUCGUCAACUCAGACCUGCAGAUCCUUAAGGAGGAGCUGGAAGGACUCAACAUCUCUGUUGAGGUUUACCGGAACACAGAGGAGGCUUUUAGCAUUCCUCUGAUACCACUUGGCUUGAAAGAGACCAAAGACGUUGACUUCGCAGUUCCUUUGAAGGACUUUAUCCUGGAACACUACAGUGAAGAAGGUUCUGAAUACGAAAAUGAAAUUGCUGAUCUUAUGGACUUAAGACAAGCCUGCCGUACCCCCAGCAGAGAUGAAUCGGGAGUUGAGAUGUUGAUGAGCUAUUUUGUUCAGCUCGGCUUUGUAGAGAAUAGAUUUUUUUCACCCAGCAGACACCUGGGGAUUUUAUUUACCUGGUAUGACUCUUUCACUGGUGUUCCUGUCUGCCAGAAGAACCUGUUGCUGGAAAAAGCUAGUGUUCUGUUCAACAUCGGAGCUCUCUACACCCAGAUUGGCACAAGGUGCCAUCAGCAGACGCAGGCUGGGCUUCAAAAGGCCAUUGAGGCUUUUCAGAAUGCAGCAGGAGUUUUAAAUUACCUAAAAGAGACUUUUACUCACACCCCAAGUUACGACAUGAGCCCUGCCAUGCUGAGUGUGCUGGUCAAGAUGAUGUUGGCUCAGGCUCAGGAAUGUGACUUUGAGCAGAUUUGCCUUCCUGGAAUACAAAACGAAUUUUUCACGCUUGUGAAAAUGGCCCAGGAAGUGGCAAAGGUUGGAGAAACAUACAUGCUUGUUAACACAGCAAUGAGUCAAGCACCAGUCAAGGAGAACAUCCCUUAUUCCUGGUCAAAACUGGCUCAAGUCAAGUCGGACCAUUUCAGAGCGUUGGCACAUUAUUUUGUUGCAACAAUUUUGAGUGACCACCAACUGCACCAGAAUGAUGAUGAAGAUCAACAGGAAAAGGCUUUUUCCCAGCUGUAUGACCACAUGCCGGAAGGUCUGACCCCCUUGGCCGUUUUGCGGGACCGAGUUCAGCGGAAACAACUUGCAAAGGCCCACCUGCGGAGAGCCAUUGCUCAUCAUGAAGAAGCCUUGAAGGUUUGUGGCUUGUGCAAAAAGCUCCGGAAUAUUGAGGUGCUCCAGGAAAUCCUGUCAGUUGCCCACAAGCGGUCCCUUCUCAAAUAUUCACAGCAGGAGCAUGAAGAUGACUUUUCGAGUUUGCUGCAGGCUCCAGAUAUCCUCCCUAAGGCAGACCAUAAAAUAGAAGCGGUUGCUCCUCUGUUCUCCAAGGUCAAAGUCAAAGACUUCUUUGAGAGGCUGGGUCCGCUGACAGUCUUUUCAGCGAAGCAGAGGUGGACUGCUCCUCGCACUGUCCGUUUCCAGUGUGAAGCGGAGGGUCUGGGCUUUACCCUGAAAGGAGGCCCCCCAGUGCACGUUUACUGCCUGGAUCCAGAUUGCCCUGCAUCAUUGGCAGGUCUGAAAGAAGGAGACUGUGUCGUUUCCAUUGAAGGCGUGGAUUGCAAAUGGCUGGGAGUGAGUGAGGUCUUGGAAAAACUGAGAAACGUCAGCAGGCAGGAGAUUGAGAUCCAGGUCAUCAGCUGCCAAGAUAACACAGUGUCUAUGCAUAACAAAAGUGCAACUUAUUCUGCGGGAAUGCAGAAAACAUACUCUCUGAUUUGUUUGGCUAUGGAAGAAGAUAAAAUAGAUAAGACCAAGAAGGUGGCUCCUAAACUUUCCUUUUUGAGUUGGGGAACGAAGAACAGAAAAAAAGCAGCCAGUACACUCUGCCUGCCUUCCGCUGUGCCUGGAAGCACCCCAACCAAGAAGAAACUUGUCUCGCCUUUCACACUCCUGAGUACGGACAGCUCCUUGUACUAGGACUUGAAAAGAGAGGCUUCUUCUUGCUGGAAAGGUUCCCUGAAUGCAUGUGCCAUAAAUCUGAAAUGUGGCCCUUUUGUGAAUCUGGAGUAAGCCCAGAGUUAUGGCACUGCCAGCUCAUAUUUGGCCCCACCCUACAUGGUUUUUAAGGAUCCUGCGCUGCCAUUGUUGGAGAAGCACAGCAUUGUCAUCAGGAGAGAUUUGGGAGUCCUUUCGCUUGAAAAGAAAAUGACGUAUGUUGCUGCCAGACUACAUGUGAGAUUCCUGUCUGGGUUUCUGUCCUAGUUAUUAUUUGUGCUGCAAAACUAUAGACAAAGUUGUUUAUAGCAUGCAGUAUAUGCUUCAAAGACUUAUGAAGGAUUUUUUUAAAAAAUGUCAUUGUAUAUAGCAGGGACAAGUUCAUGACAUGAUACCGGUGAUGAACAGCAAUUUUAAACAAAGGCUGAUUGAAUGUACCCUUUAGACUGGCAGACAAAGGAAAAUUGCUUGCAAAAAUGCCAGGGUUAGGGGCAGCUCUCCUGUCGCUGUACAUUGGAGCCAUUGAAGUCCAGCAAAGAUUACAGAGGAGACUGAUGUGGUGGGAGCCUGUGGCCCUCCAGAUAAUCUCUGACCAUAAUCCCUAAUCACUGGCCAAGCUGGUGGAAACAGCUGGAGGGCCUCCAAAUACCAGGGGUGCAGCAGGUUCCCCCAUCCCUUGUUUAAGUUAAUAUUAAGGAUUAAAAAUAUCACACCCAGAAAGAGCCAAACAUAAUUUAAACUGCUUUUUUGAAGGUUUGCAUGGUGUCAAGGCCUUGACAAAGAGCGACUGAAUACUCCUCAUCCCACUGAUGAAGAACAUCAAGUCACUUUGGUGCCCUUUGUGGCUUAAGGGAGCAGCUUUUUGUGGCUUCACCAGCAGUGCUGCAUGAAAUUCUCAAAGGCCCCAAGGAACCAACAUUACUGACUCCACCCAGGCUUGGUGCCCUUGGCAUUCCUGUGCCACAGUAGCCCCUGCUGUUGCCUUCCUUCCCUGGGCCACCAUUUAAAACCACUGCUCCUGUCAGUUCAGGGCAGCUGCUGAGCUGCCAUUUGCACUCUACAAUGCCCCAAAGGUUCAGAGCAUUGUGGGAAACAAAAAUGGCAGCAGUCCAGUGCCAAUGAGAGUGAGUGCACCAGCCACUUCUAGGGCUUGUCACUUUAGGAGGGGGACUCAUCUGAGAACACUUUGUCAAAGGUCCCCUCAAACUUGGGAGAUGGUCUCAGUUAUGAACAUAACUGAAUAAAAGCCUGCUGGAUCAGGCCAAUGGCCCAUCUGGUCCAGCAUCCUGUUCUCACAGUUGCUUGUGGGAAACCAGCAAGCAGGAUUCAAACACAAGAGGCUUCUCCCCUCCUGUGGUUUCUAGCAACUGGCAAUCAGAAGCAUUGCUGCCUCCAACUGUGGAGGGCAGAGCAUAUCUGUUGUGGCUAGCAACCAUUGAUAGCCCUCCCUUCCAUGAAGUUACAUGAAUUUAAACCAGUGGUGGGGGACCUCUGGCCCUCCAGAUGUGGUUGGAGUCCAACAUUACAGCGCCACCACAGGAUAGACCCACAGCAAUGCAUCUUCCAUGGUGCUGCUAUGUAAUGUGCAGAGGGCAAUGAGUAUACCUUUCACCAAAAAGGUUUAGCAGUCCUAAUAUUUCAGAAUUGCAUGAUAUGCUGUACGUAGGUUCUUUAACUCUGUGAAGCCGAAUAAUAAUAACUGUAAAUAUGGCAAUUUGUGGUGGCUUUUUAAGACUAUCUGGGUUAUAUAUUGCUACAGAUGUUAAAGAUAGGGAGGGGCAAUAAAAAAAAUCGCUUUUGGCCUGAAUCAAGCUCACACCAUUGUAAAAAUGUAUAGUUCAGUUACAGCAGAGCUAGUGAUCUUCCAGAUUGUGUUGGAAUCCAGCAUCAGAACCAGUUAGUAGGCCGCAACAUCUGGAAGGUCACAGCCCCUACCCCAAGCUGCAGCUUCCAUAGUGCCACUGUAUUUGGAGUAAUAUUCCAAAGUGCUUCCAGUGUAAUUAACAGUGCCUUAAAGAGAAAUGUAGGGAUUCAUCAGUGACUUAGGAACUCAGCCAGCUGGUAAAUGUGAUCUCUUCCCCACCCCGUAAUUUUGUGUUUCAUUGCUGCUAUAACUUCUGUUCAUUGUAAAGUUGCAGGUUGCUAACACGGUUGUGUUAGACUGAAAUAUUGUCUACAGGGUAGAUCUUACAAUGUUUGGUCAAUACAGAUUAAGUGGAUGAAAUCCUAACUCCAUCUGAGCUCCUGCUUUGGGUUGUGCUGGAGUUGAGAUUGCUUCUGCUGAUUUGAAAUUCAAGUGGAAAGUUUUUGGAAAGUCUGGACCACUAACUUUGUAUUAACUCAUGAUUCUUCUUAGGCUUUUGUGUUAAUACAUGGUAGGGUGUAAAUAUAUAAAUUUUAAAAGAUUUUAUUUAAGAAUGAGUCCUGCAGGUGAAUUCUGCUGAGGAACAACCUAUUUUUCAUUUGAAUAUGAACAGUAUGAUACAGUUUCAAUUCUGAUUGACUGUUGACAUUUGUUUAGAAUGCAGAUUUAAAACAACUUGCUUCAUAAUGAUCCUUCUGUGAAAGGAAAAAUCAUAAAUAGCAGCUGCUGCUAUUGUUUUUUGUUGUUGUGCAAUAUCUGAAUUAACACUGUGGAAUCAAUCUGUCCAUUAAUAAAAUAUGUGUAGCAAGUCA